AUGCCUUUUGAAGAAUAUAUGAAAUAUCAAGAUGAUAAUGUUGAAAAAGUAGACUUACCAAUUAAUGUUGAUGAGGCAGAGGGAGACAAUUUUGAUUCAGAUGAUGAUGAUUUGACAUAUCUAGAUAAUGUUGUAAAAGAUACAACAGAGGAUUUUAAUAAAUUGUCGAUGUCUGAUAUCGAUGCUCAGUUAACUUCUAAAGGUUUAAAUUUUAUUGAGGGGGAUGAAGAAACUAAUAUGAAUAAUCUUUUUUCAAAAUUAACACCUGAAGAACAGAAGACUUUUAAUACAUUAUUUGAAGAAUAUCAAAUGUCUUUAUCAGGAAUUAUGUUACGUUAUAUUGGUUGUCGUACUUUUUCAACUGCUAAAAGUGAACUUGUAUCAACUAAAAAUGUGAAUGUAGUUUCAUCUCUUAUAUCAAAACAAUUAUCAAAUAAAUUUACUAAACUUUUUGCUAUAGUUCAUGUUAACGGAAGGCAAUUUAAAAUUUCUCAAAAUGAUCUUAUAGUUUUAGAUCAAAAUCAACCUAUUGAAAUUGGAGAUAAAAUUAAAUUAGAGAAAGUUUUAGCUGUAGGUGGUAAUGAAUUUACUGUAAUUGGUAGACCAUUAUUAGAUAAAAAUAAAGUUUAUGUCAAUGCAACUGUUGUGGAAAAAAAUGUCUCAUCACCAGAGGUUGAAUAUAUAAAGUAUGAUGGAAAAAAUGUUAAACAUUUAAAAUGGUUAUCAAUGGAACAAACUACAUUAAGAAUAAAUUCUAUAUUUGUUGAUCCAUCUAUUGUUGAAGAAUAA